AGUAUCCUGAGCGCAUUUACGGGACGGACGGAUGAGCAGCUUUAUGCAACAACUGGUGUUGUGUCUGUAGGUCGGUUUAAGAGCUCUCCAGGGAUUUACUUUAUCUUUUCCAGCGAUCCCUUCCCGACAGUAAAGCGCGUUUAGACACGGUGUAAUCUGAAAUGUGCGGUCGGUUUGCGUCGACGCUUGUGUUGGUGUUGCUGUGGUGUUGCGGCAGCGCGCCGGGUGAACGGGGACCGAAGGUGUCCAGGAGAGCACCGAUGACUCGCUCCUGUCUGGACUUACCGGAGGAGAUUUUGGAGCAGAUGUUCGGGAGACUUUCGGUCGGGGUUCUCAGCGCGUUUCAUCACACCCUGCAGCUCGCGCCUCCAGAGCGACACAAUCUGACCUGUCAAUCAGCGUCUCGCCUAGCGCGCGACAAACCGCGCACCCCUGUCAACUUCCUCAGCCUCUCGCCCUGGGCGUACAGAAUCUCCCAUGAUCCAGCGAGGUACCCUCGAUAUCUCCCGGAGGCGUACUGUUUGUGUAAGGGAUGCCUGAGCGGACCGAACGGGGAGGAAAGUGAGCGCUUCCGCAGCACUCCAGUGUUCAUGCCGACCGUCAUACUGCGCCGGACCGGCUCGUGCGUCGGGGGCCGGCAUUCCUACACGGAGAGCUACGUGUCCAUCGCCGUGGGUUGUACUUGUGUGCCAUUGUUGGAAAAAGACAGAAAAACACAGAAGGGCAAGCCAAGCGUGAAAAGAGUAUCGUCUAAAAAUUCCAGUACCUUCAGAAAGAACUGAUCCAUUUUAAACUUUUAGUUUUUCUGUGUCAUUUUUGUUGCCUUCAUUUUUUCUUUCAGUUGGUGAAAGGAAAAACUUAAGACAGAACUUGCUCUCGCAGCUGCAGAUUCUAGUCUGCAGUGCCAAGCAAAAGGAAAACUUUCUGUGCCAAAAUACAAACAUUUUCUAAUCCAAAGUACUUUGAGG